CCCACCAACGCAUACUAUACUAGUAGACUAAGGGGAUCUGGGAAACUAAGCAGGGGACUCGUUACGGAGGCUGUUUGGUGUAAACCAAACAGUCCCAAUAUGUCGGAAAAACACGUUUUCGAGCUCUAUGCCUGUAGCAUGAUAAUCMCAGCGGAUACUUUGUUCCUCAUUGGGCUAAAAAAAAACCUAGAGCAAUGCACCGACGCUUGCUGGAAACACAAGCAAAGGAGUUGUACGACAUUGUUCUUUCUGCAUCCGACGAGAGCAAAAUCAAGCAGGGUUUCGAUCGGGGUUUCACCACUUGGAGCUUCCUAACAGUCCAUCUACCCGACGUUGACGCGAAGUCCUUUUUGUUCGUGCUCGCAUUCGUCUACACCGGCAAAGUGCCGCGCAGAACAGACGAGGUUCUUGCAAGGAACAUCCUCCGAGAGGCCGAUCGCUUUGGGUGCAAAACUCUCGAGUUCUAUGCAGAAUCCACCCUGGUCGAGAAGUUUCUUGCCCCACCGGUGGCUGCGGGCUUGUUGCUGCUGGCGGAUUCUCAUUCGUGUGCUCUAUUGUAAGAAGCAGCAAUGGAAUUGUAUCCCGAGAAACCACGGGAGGUGACCGAUGGCAAAGACUGGUGCCGCGUCGAAGAAACAGAAUCCACAACGUUGUUGUCGGAACUCUUGCGGUACACCAACCCGGGCCGAUGCAAACACCACCAACACGGGGGAAAUUCGAUAGACACUAUCAUAGUGACCGAGCUGCGACAGAAGCUGCUCGAAGUCGAGGGUGACAGUGGCAUUGAUGGAAGCCGAGAGGUGUUGAUGAGGCGUUUGAAAAAUAUUGAAUAGGCUGAUCCGAAAGAUACCAACUUGCGCCGUCGUUAUUUGUUGACUGUCACAGCGCGAUUGAAUAAACAAGCCUUUUCGAUCGGUCAGAGAUAUAGCAAUGCGAUAGAGGAGGGUGUUUUUCUAAAAUGCCUUGUAGUAACCAUUACUUAAAAUUAUAGAUUG